CUAAUAAAAAAAUAUUUGUCUAAAAACUACAAUAUUUACGACUAUUUUAUAAUAUAAAAGCCAAUGUCAAUCGUGACAUGUUUGGAUAUAAAAUUCAGUUAUAUAGAAGUCAUUGAAAAGUGUACUAAAAAAAUAAUUUAUUCACAAGAACAUAUAAAAAAAAUUUCUGUAAAAGUUUCUUUACUUUUUUAAUAAAAAAGAUUUAUGAAUAAAAAAUGGAGAUGUCAAAUCUUACACCAAUACAAGCUGUACAAACAAUUUCAAUGUUCAGUUAUUUAACAAUUCUCAGCGAUUUUUUAGUGGGGAAAAAUUUAUUAAAUAUUAAUAAUCAAUAUCAACCAAUUCCAGUGGUAAAUGGUUUAUAUAAUUAUUUUCUCGACAAUACUGGUAGAAAGCAAAAAAAUUUUAUUGAAGAACGAAAAUUACGUUUAGCUCGAAAAUUAAUAAAAGGCACAGAUCUUUAUGGUGCAAAAGAAAAUGAAAUUCCAGAUCCAAUUUUUGUCGAUUCACUAUACAGACAUAUAAUUACAACACUAGUGUUUGAAAAAUAUACAAAUAUUUAUGGAUUUCUCGUUGAAAUUGUUCGCAAUUCCAAGGAUUUAGAAAUAAAGACAAUACAGAACAAAAUUUUGUCAACAUUAACAGAAGAAACAUUUCUCAAUGAAAAUGGAGAAUAUUCAAAAUUAGAAAUGAUUUCAAUUUUUAAAAUUCUACAAGAUUUUAUUUAUCCUUUAUUUCCAAAAAUAACAACUAACAUUAAUUUACUAUCAAUUGAUUAUAUUUAUGCUCAAGCUGGUUUAAUGUUUCAUUUAUCACAAAAUCCGUCACCACUAAUUGUACCAAGAGUAUACAAUCAUAAGGAUCUAAUUAAUCCUAGUGUUAAAUUUAAUGAAUAUGUAACCAUAGCACAUGCUAUAGAACAAUUGGUAAUCGCCGGAAAAUUAGAAAACAAAGUAAUGGCAAUUUUUACACUCCCAUCACUCUUUUUUUAUAUUUCCACUCAAAAAGAGGUGCUUAAAAAUGUAAGUACAGAAAAAAUUAUGAUGAAUUCCACCCUAGGUGCCGAAGCCUACAGUAUGUUAUUUACAUAUCUAAAUAAUAAAUUUACAGAAUUAGAAAAUGCUAAAAAAAAUGACUAUCGAUAUCAAUUUUAUUUGGCUAGGGCAAAUUUUAAAAAUCGUACAACAAUUGCUAGGGAAAUUAUUAGAAGCCGAUGUCUUUUGAUUACAAAAGAAGAUUUAGAGGAUGAGGUCACAAAGUACAAAAAUAAUCCUGAUGAUUAUCAAUGUAAUACUGGAAUAUGGAUGAAGAGGAUUGAAUCUUUAGUGGAUUUAAAUCAUCUUUAUCAAGAAGAAGUUAAUAAAAUAACAAAUAAAUACUUUGAAUACCAAAAAAAAUCAAUAAUAGAUGCUUUUGGUGAAGAUUUUAUAAAAUCAAUGAACAAUCAAAAAGUUAAAAUCUACAGAGGAUUAAUUGACGAUUAUUUAAAUGGUUAUACGGUAGAACAAAAACAAUUUGUUAAGAAAAGUGAUGAUUUUUUUAAAUUCUACUUUCCUGAAACUAAUAUCACUGUUUUUUAUGCCAUAAUUCGUGAUGAUAAAAAAUUUACAGCAAUUCAACAAGCUACCGAUAAAAUUAGUUUCACUAAAUCUACUACUAAUACUUCCAAUCCUAAUACUACAGAUAGUGUUAAUUCUACACAAAAUAAAAUCAUAAUUUCCAAAGGUUCAAUUAUACAGUGUACUGCUGAUGAUUUUCGUAAAAAAUUAGAAAUGUCAACUACAAUGAUUUUUCCAGAUUAUCUAAUGAAAAAAGUAGAAAAAGAAGUAGAGGAAAAUUUUGAUGAUUUUAUAAAUAAAAUUGUUGAAGAAAGAGCUGAGAAUUUUAAUAAAAGUCUCAGAAACGAGGGAUAUGAUGAAACAAAACAGGAAUGGUGGGAAGAUUUUGGAUUAUCACUCAUUCCAUUUUACACAUGUGUUCAUGGAUUUAAAACGAAUAAUAACAAUGAUUUAUCAUCAUGUCUACUUGAUGCGAUGUCAAUGAUACCAUUUAUAGGCGAUCUAGAGCUAAUUCUCGAAAAAUUUACAACAGCUACAACGAGAUCUUUGCUAUCAAUAGCAGGUACUACAUUUGCUUCAUUUACACUCAGAGAAAGUAUGCGUACAACUUUGGAAAAAAUUAGCGAAAUCACAGCCGUCGAGGCAGUAAAAUUUACCGAAUUAUUUACCAAGGAAACAUUUAAAGAUCUCGGUAUCUCUAUACUUCGUGUCAUCGAUCCUGGUUUUGAACUUAUUUAUCAAAUUGGUCGAGGAGGAUUGAGAUCAUUGGGAAAUUUAAUAACGGAACUGGGAAAAUAUUCCAACUUUGAGUCAUUGAGGACAAUGAUACAAAAAUGUGAGGAAAAAUUUUUGAAUACAUUUAUCAAAUUGGGUGACAAAUUCUCCGAAAUGGAUGUCUAUGUAAAUUCUUUGUCGAAAAAAAAUUCUGGCUAUGGUUAUAGGUUUAUUGAUUCAUUUGAUGAACGUGAUCUGCAAAUUAGGCAAAUUGAGGAAGAGGAGAAUAGGGAAAUGGUGGUUCAACUAAUUGAUGGAAAUCUUUGUAUGGCUCUGGAUGUGAAAAAGGGUAAAAUUAUGAAAAAGGUGUUGCAUGUUAAAAACGAGCAUAUAGAAAAUGAAAAUUCAGAAUUUGGAAUAAAGAGUUUUCAUGACAGUGAGAACUGUGGAAAGCGGAUUCGAAGAACUCCGACGGAACAUCUUUGUUUAAGAAAUACCCUAAAAGACAAACGGGAAGAAAUUGAGAAAGCGGCAUUAGAUUACGUUCGAGAAUACGGAGUACUUAAUAAAGAUGAUGUACUAACGGAAUUAAGAAAAUAUGUAUUUCCAGGUGAAGGUGAAAAACAAUUGCAAUUUGUUAAAGAUUGGAGAGAAAUGAUCCAAAACGGUCAAAAGGGUUUACCAGAAUGGAGUAAUGAAUACAAAAUACAGGAUCAUAAUUAUUUUCAACACAUAAUAUAUUCGGAAAUUAUGGACAAGAAAAAAACCAGUUACAAUGAAGCGUACGAAAGAUUGAAAUCAAUUUAUUCGGAAAAAUAUCCAGCGACAGGUGCAUCAAUUUUGCUUCAUACUUUUGAAGCACAAAAAGCCUAUGAAUCGGUAACUUUUGAGGAUUUUGCCGCUAUACACAAUUAUAUGGGAAGUGGUUACAGUAGAAUGGAAAAAGAUACAAUAGAAACGAGAUCAAUGCGAGCAGCAUUGUACCGAUUGGCCAUUAGACAAUCAGAAGAUCCGGCUAAAGAAUUUGAAAAAAUUCUCUACCGUGGUGAAACUAGACCCCAGGAAGUAGUUGACAAAUUGUUUCGUGAAGGUAACGAAAUAGAAUUCAAUCGAUUUACAUCUGCAACGACGGAAAAAAAAAUAGCAUACAGAUUUCAGUUCAGUUCAAUGGAUAAUGUUAAAAUUUUAUAUGAAAUGAAAUUUUCCCAACCAUAUAUAAGAGCAAAAUUGGAAUCAAUGGAUAGAUUCAAUCAUGAAAAGGAAACGGUUCUUCUACCGGGUAGUAAAUUUCACAUUGAUCAGGUGAAAUCCGAAAAAAGUUAUUACAAGGAAAUAAUAGUGGUAAAAAUGACUUUUCUUCAUGAUAAAUUUCCAAAACAUGAAUGUCUUAAGAAAUAUAUGAACGAAUUACAGAAGCUAAAGGAAAAAGAUGCAAUUUUAUUAGAAAGUCCCCAGUAAAAAAAAGAAUUGGGAGUAAGCGAAAAGAAUUGGUGGUAACUUAAGCUGAAUGCGGUUUGGCGAAAAAACCGAAUUGGAACGUUACGGUGAAUUAUUUUUUUCUUACCGUGAAUUCUUUUUUCUUAAACAUUUGAAUUGACGUUUGUUUAUUCGAGUUUGCAUUAUAAAUGAAUAAAAUAAAUGCUUCGAAGUCUAAAAAGACGAUUUGGAAUAAGAAAUAUAUAAUUUAAAAAAAAUAAAUGAAAGCGAAGUGUGACAGAUUUACCAACGAUUUUAUCAAAUGAGUAGUGUUCAUAUGAUAAAUUUACCAUAUGAGUAGUACUCACAUGGUAAAAUUGUCAGUAAAUCUAUCACAUUUCACUUUUAUUUCUUUUUAAAAAAUUAUAUAUUUCUUAUUCCAAAUCGGCUUUUUUAGAAUUCGAAACAUUUAUUCUUAUUCAUUUAUAAUGCAAACUCGAAUAAACAAACGUCAAUUCAAAUGUUUAAGAGAAAAGAAUUCACGGUAAGAAAAAAAUAAUUCACCGUAACGUUACCAACAAUUCUUUUCGUUUACUCCUAAUUCUUUUUUUUUACUGAGUCAUUUUCGUUAAUUUUUUGCAUUUCCAAAUUCUUUAAAUUAAUUAAUUUAAUCAAUUUUCCGAUUUAAUAUAAAAACAUUUUUGUUUUGCAUAUUUGGGUAAUUUUAAAUGUCAUUCAAAUCAAUUGUUUUUUUAUUUUUUAAUAAAUAUUUCAUAAAACAACAGUCUGCGCAAUUGAAAAAAAAUACUGUAAUUCGAAA